AUGGAAGUGGCUCGAAAAUUUUGGAACCAUCCAAUGGGUCCUAAAACAACGCAUUUCUGGGGUCCUGUCUUUAACUGGGGAUUUAUUAUCGCGGGUCUCCUUGACAUGGAGAAGCCUCCUGAAAAGAUAUAGCGUUUUGCAGCAAAUGGAAACAGUAUAGUUAGGAUUAUUAAGGCUUUAAAUCCCACUCAUUUGAUUACACAUGGCAGUUUACCAGAGAGGUAGCAGAGCGCAUCCUUUUUAAGCCUGUCUGAACUCAAUUUCUCGAUAAAUUUGAAGAUUAUGGGUUAAAAAGCUGACUUUACUGGCCGCUUCCAUUUCCAACUCAAGGCGUAGCCCAAGCUAAACACCUUCACUGCUCUUUUAAAUGCCAGAAUAGCAACUAGUAUAGCCAAUUUUCACUGAACGCCAUCAUUGGGCAUUUAUUAUAUUUUUUCAUUAUCUAACUUACCUCCCUCUUUUUCGGUCAUCCUAGAUGAACUCAGCAGUUUUCGAUAUUCAGAAGCAGUUUAGGUAGGUAUUUCGCCCUUCUGCCUCAUAUCGAGCACUCGCUGGGUUUAUCUCUGUUGGAAAAGCGAGAUGCAAUUAAAUACCCAAGGAGUAAAGCGAUUUCCAGUAUCGCAUCUAUCGUAUAAGGCUACUGAUUAUAGCGGGUCAUGACUACAACUUAAAACCAUCCCUGGCAUAUAAGGACUUUUGGUGGAGCAGGUUUUUCGUCUUCAGCCAUUUUAUCUAUAUAGCAAAUGAAAAUAGAUUAGCCAUUAUUGUAUUAACUCUAUAAGCAUAUACUAACACUAACUCCCCCCUCCGUGAGUGAACAAAACCAUUAGAAAAAUCGCCAUUUUGCGGAAAAGCCCACCCUCCGUGAGUGAACAAAAAUUUGUUUUAAUAGAAAAAUUUUUUUUAUGGAAAAACAUUUUGAAAAAAUAAGUGAUAAUUAGUAUAAUGAAAUCUAGAGCUGAUUCUGUUUAAUUUUAAACGAAUUGCUUUUUAAAACAUAAAUUUUAUAAAUUAAAUUAAUAUUUGCUUUCCAAUUUUUACGAAUUAGGAUUUUUUUAAAUUCCGAAAAAAAAAAAAUUUUUUAUAAAAUUUACAUAUAUUUUUUUUAAAAAAAAAAUUAACUCACUCACUGAGGGGUGAGUAAGAAUAUUUCUAUUCAUUAUAAAUAGUUAUAUCAAGAAACAUGACAAUCGCUCUCGUCAUCUAUUCCACGAUGUUUUCUCGUUUCGCUUGGAUGGUUAAUCCUAGAAAUUAUCUUCUAACUGUCCCCAUUAACGGUAAGAUUUUUCUCAUUGAUGAAGAGGGUCAAUUUUUUAAUCUAUUAUAUAAAUAUUUGUCUAUUAAAUAAUUUUUUCUACUUUCAAAAGAAUCAAAUUUUUAAAUAUUUGAAAUUAAUUUAUUUUUCAAAGCUUUAAGCAGCCUAAAUUUAAUAUAAUCAAUUGGAGGCUUCAUUGCUAUAAUAAUUAAUUAUAUAUCGUAGUCUUAGAUUACUUACUGUUUAAUGUGUCACCAUCUUGAGCAGGUGUGAAAGCUGCGACCUACCCUUUUAACUCCAAUAAGAGACGUCACCGAGCAUUUCGAUGCCACACCAUAUUUCAGGCUGACUCGGAAAUCCAAAAUAAGCGUCCCUCCACCCGACCAGAAAGCCUCACAAACAUUAAUUAUAUAUCAAAAUAUUUUACACAAAAAACUUUUUUAUUCACUAAUAAAGUGGUCAACAGGAAUCUCCAAUCUAGUCAAGGAGAGGGAGUAAUGACAUGCCACAUUACUAAUGUAACUGUUCAACUGAAUCUGUUACGGAGAAAAUAUAACUAUACUCCUAAGGCUUCAUCAUAA